UGGCUACCAUCACUGACGGUGGUACGGUUUUUAACUUUCAUUUAGAAUCGUUUGUUUGAAGACACUCUCGUUGUACGAUGGAGCGUUGGAAUGGGCGUGUGGCCAUUGUGACGGGUGCUAGUUCCGGUAUCGGUGCUGCGAUCGCAAAGGAUCUGGCCAAAGCUGGCAUGGUGACCAUCGGUUUGGCGCGGCGUGUCGAGCGGGUUGAGGAGUUGCGAAAGGAUCUCCCGGUAGAUGCAGCAAAGCGGCUGCACCCGAUCAAGUGCGAUAUUUCGAACGAAGCGGACAUCGAUGCCGUGUUUAAGCAGGUGGAAGAACGGUUUGGUGGUUGUGAUGUGCUGGUGAACAAUGCCGGAAUAGCGAAGAGAACGGGAUUGCUCGAUGUUGGUAACACGGCCGAAAUCAGGGCAGUGCUGGACACGAACGUGACCGGGCUAGUCCUCUGCAGUCAGCGAGCUUACCAAUCGAUGGUGAAACGAUCGGUCGAUGGCCACAUCAUUCACAUUAGCAGUGUCGCUGGUCAUAGCGUUCCAAAUAUUCCCAAACUCAAUAUCUAUCCUGGUACGAAGCACGCCGUCAAAGCCAUCACGGAAACGAUGCGCCAAGAGAUGCGUGAUGCUGGCAAAAAGAUCAAAGUGACGAGCAUAAGCCCAGGUGGAGUGAGAACGGAAAUUAUAAACGACGCUGAAGUACCCCCAAAUAUGCCGUUCCUCGACUCGGAGGACAUUUCCGGGGCCGUCCUGUAUGUCCUGGGCACGCCAGCGCACGUUCAGGUGCACGAGCUCAUCAUCAAGCCAAUCGGAGAGAUGUUUUAGGAGGCGACACGUGUUUUUGUGUGUUUAGUAAAUAGUAAAACGGUUUCUUUUUUAUCUAAAUCAAAAUCAUUUAACAAUACAACACAAAAAGAUGCAGAAAUUCUAUUUUUUAAAAGUAACAAAUAAAUGUGGAAAUGUA